AUGGGUGUCACCCAGCUCACCUUCCGUAAGGCGGCGCCAAGCGAUGUUCCUCUUCUUCUACCCCUGAUCAAGUCAGCCUAUCGUGGGGAUGCCAGCCGCGCCGGAUGGACAAGCGAGGCCGACUUGGUGGCAGACGACCGUAUUGACGAGGCUGGCCUGCUGGUAAAGAUCAACGCACCGCAGGGGGCUGUCUUGCUUGCGCACGAUUGUGCCGGCAAUCUCGCCGCAUGUUGCGAGCUACUCAAGAAGAACUCCGAGACUGCCCACUUUGGGCUGUUUGCCGUUGAUCCUGCACGCCAGGCCGGUGGUAUUGGACGGCAGGUGCUAGAGCGCGCAGAACUAUACGCUCGCGAUGCAUGGGGAGUAAGCAGGUUGGAGAUGAGCGUCAUCUGGACACGCGAAGAACUCAUCGCGUGGUACAUUCGAAGAGGAUUCGAACGCACGGGAAAAAAAGCUCCGUUUCCGUAUGCACAUCUAGUCAAUGGCUCAGCUCUCCGCGAUGAUCUAUACUUCGACGUGCUAGCCAAGGGCAUCUGA